AUGAAUGUCAAAAGGGAAUCCGCCGCAGUCGGAAAAAACACGAGGGAAGGAAUUGAAUCGAAAAUUAGUUUUUUUUGUUGCAACCUACCUAAAAAAAAAAAGAAGCAAAUUUACGCUGCUCCUAAUCAAUUUUUAAUUGAAAGCUAAAGCAAAUCAUCGUGAUGAGUAAAUUGCAUAUAAAACGGCGGUCGAGUUCCACAAUUUGCAGAGACUGACGGAAGAGAAAAGAAAAAAAAGCGUGUGCCUGUGUGUUAGUGGGUGUGAGUGCGAAACGAAACGCAAAGAAGAGAGUGCCAGUAGUGCGAGUGCGAGUGAGAAAGGAAGAGCGAGAGAGAGAAAGAGCAAAAGUGGUAGCGCGGGCAACGAACGACGUGUUGACGUUGAAGGACGUCGCCACCGCUGCCGCCGCGCCGCUUAACCAAGGCGCAAAAAAGGAGCAGGAUCUCUUUUCCCCCUCCCCCCUACACACAAAUACAUCCCCCUCCUACCAUCUCUCUCUCCCUAUAUCAUCUUUCUACGUAAGGCGAAAACGGAAUACCAACAAGGCGGAUGCCGCUCACCAAACAACAACUCCAACAACAAUAUCCACCCACUACCCCGCCCUUUAUCUAACACUAUCAUCAUCAUCAACAAAUCCUCUUUUUUGCCAAAAUUCCACCACAACAACAACUCACAGGAGCCGCUGGUGUCGUCGACGUCGCCGCUGCCGCCGCCAUGCCCGUUUCGUUGGCUGUCUGUGAAACGACAACAACAACUACAGCAAAUGUCGUAAAUGCUGCUCUACGCGAAUCGCUGCUUGGCGGUUCCCGAUCUGGUGCUGCCGUUGCUGGCUCUGGCUCUGCCUCAUCGUUGAUUAGUGGCGCUGGUGGGGCUGGUGCUUCUGCUGCCAACGACGAUGACUCCUCCUCCACAGCCACCGCCAACACUAAUUUGCAAAAUCAAAUUGUAGCCAGCGCAAAGCGUGUUCUUUUGGCCAAAAUUGAAUAUGAAGAAGUUGAGAAUUAUAAUGAUUCCGUUUUGGACAAUUUAAAAACCAAAUAUGUUGUCAUCAAGUCUCCGACACCCGCAGCAGCAGCGGCAGCAACAAAUAAUGGUAACAGCAACAGCGCCGGCAGCAAAAUUUUGGGCGCAAAUGGUCACGACAAUCGACAAAAGCAACAAAAUGCCAAUGGCGGUUGCUCCACACCAACAACAACAACGACGCAAACAUCAUCCUCCUCAACAUCUUCCAGUAGCAUAGAGCACAACAACAAUCCCAAUGAAUUGCCUAAACCGAAACGUGUCCUUUAUCAGCGUGAGAAUAUACGGAUUGGCUGGAAGCAAUCGGAACGUAAAUGGCAAAUUGGAGCCGGCAUGAUCAAUGUGGGUAACACUUGCUACCUCAAUUCAACACUUCAGGCCCUAUUCCAUAUACCUGCAUUGGCAAAUUGGCUUAACUCGGAGCAGUCACAUCUGGAGAAUUGUAAUAUUGGCGGUGAAUCGGGCGGAGGUGGAGGUGGGGGCGGCGGUAAUAAUGGUGGAUUCUGCAUCAUUUGCGCCAUGGCCAAAACCUUACAAUCAACACAAUCGAAUGCAUCGGCCAUACGUCCAUAUCAUAUAUAUUCGAAACUGAAGCAAAUCUGCAAACAUAUGGUUAUUGGGCGACAGGAGGAUGCCCACGAGUUUUUGCGUUUUCUUGUCGAGGCCAUGGAGAAGGCAUAUUUGAUGCGUUAUCGCAACUAUAAGGAAUUGGAUCAAUUGGUUAAGGAGACAACGCCGCUGAAUCAAAUAUUCGGUGGUUAUCUAAGAAGUGAAGUUCGUUGUUUGAGUUGUAAUCAUGUAUCGAUUACGUUUCAACAUUUCCAAGAUCUACUGCUCGAUAUAAGGAAAUCGGAUACACUGGAUGAGGCAUUUGAUGGUUAUUUUUCAAGAGAGAGAUUGGAAGAUAUGGGCUAUAAAUGUGAGGGAUGCAAAAAGAAGGUUUCGGCUACCAAACAAUUUAGUCUGCAACGUGCUCCCAUUACAUUAUGUAUACAGUUGAAACGUUUCUCGAUGAUUGGAAAUAAAUUAACCAAACAGAUCAGUUUUAAGCCCCGCAUAGAUUUAAGUCGUUUCGCUGCUCGGUCACCGACAGCCCAAGGACAACUGCCACUAACCUAUCGUCUCGUUAGCUUGGUAACACAUUUGGGUGUAUCCCAGCAUUGUGGUCAUUAUACGGCCAUUGGUCUAACCGAAUCCGGUAGCUAUUACAAUUUCGAUGAUAGCUAUGUACGUCCGAUUGCAAUGCAAAGUGUUUGCAGUACAAAUUCGUACAUAAUGUUCUAUGAAUUGGAUCUAAAUCAGCCAUUGGCAACGCCAGCGAAUAAAUUGAAUGGCCUAAGGCAAUUAUCGAAUGGACAUCAUCAUCAUCAACAACAACAACAACAACAUCAGCAGCAACAGCAACAACAACCGACUGUGGUCGCAACAAUAGCCAGCUCACCUAUGGCCACAACACGAUUUAUAGGACCACAAUUACCGCCAGGUGGCCUAAAUGGUUAUGCGAUGACGACGACGACGACAGCCACAAACAACACGACAAAUGGUCAUUCACAGAAAACAGCGAUACAAUUUAAGCCACAACAGAAUGGUAUUCUGACAGUGGGGAGUGGGAAAUUUCAAGAGUCUGGGCAACAGAAGUCUCCAUUGGUUGGCACAAAUCAUAAAAACGAAGCUCCAGCAGUUGCACCAAAUGCAAAUGCAAAUGCAAAUGGUAAAAGUUCCUCCAAUCCCAAUACCAACACCACCAUCAACACCAACACCAACAACGGCAACAGCAACAACAACAACACUAAUGCCACAACAGCAAACAACUCCAACAAAUUGAACCAGCAACAACAACAAUAUCUGCCAAUGUCAUCCUCGGAUGAGGAGGAUAGUGAUGAAGAGAAGAUGAAGAGGCCGACGACGACAACACCACAGCUGCCUAGUAUGCCUAAAAUGGAUGGAGGAGGAGAUGAGAAGCCAAAGACAUUGACAUUGACACCAACAACAACACCAACAGCAUCAACACCAACAGUUUCCAAUCCUCUAAAGAGAUUAGUACCCUAUGAGUCAGCCUCUGAAGAGGAGGAAUCAUCCUCUGGAACGCCGUCAUCAUCAACGCCAACAACAACAACAACGGCGGCGGCUGCAGCAGCAUCAUCUCCAAUGCAGGCAACAGCAGCAGCUACAUUGCCACCACCACCAACGCCUACAAAUGCACGUAAACGCAGCCUACCAGAUCAUCAUCAUCAUCAUCCUCAUCAUCAUGUAAUGGUCAAUGGUCAUGGCAAGUCACCGAAACCAGCCUCCAUGCCUCCUGCAACUAACUUUAACUCGUCCUCGAGCAAACAAAAGACUGAUGCCAUAGACGAGAUCUUUAAAAGCCUCAACAAUUUUAAUAAAAAACGUAUAAAUAAUAAAAAUCAAAAACACAAUGAAGGUGACGAAGAAGAAGAUGAUGAGGAAACUCUAGAGAAGGAAACCAACAAUUCAUCUCGCCUCGUCAGCAGCAGCACCAACACCAGCCCCACUACCAAUGGCUGGAAACAGUCACAAAUUGUCAGCAGCAGCAGCAGCAAUAGCAAGAACGUCUCAACAUCUGCAGCAGCAGCAGCAGCAACAACAUCAUCAUCCACAUCAACAUCUGCCCCGCCUUCACCAAAAACUCCGCCAUCGCCAGCGGUUAUUAAUUCAAAAACUGGCCUAUGGAAAGUAACUCGCAAUCUUGAUGACGACGAUGACGAGGAGGAGGAGGAUGAGGACGAUGAAGAGCAUAUUGCUCCAACACCUCCGCCAGUAGUAGCCAAAACCCACAAAAAUCCAUUCUCUUCACAGCAGAAGCCAACACCUUCACCAUCAACGGAGGCAGCGCCGAAGCGACAGAAGCUAUUUAAUGGCACAUCCUCAUCCACACCACAUGUGGGCAAUGGCUAUCAAAGUGAGCCAAGCACUCCGAAUGGCGGUGGCAGUGGCAGCGGCAGCAAUGGCUGUUUAAAUGAACUCCUGAAGCAAUCCCAUCGUGGCUAUGGCUCCUCUUCAGUGCUCAGUUGGAAUGGCAAGCAAACGGAAUUGGAUAAAGAGCUGACAGCUGACGCGCAGGAGCAACGUCAACGGGACCUUGAUGACGAUGAGGAGAAUGAAAUGGACCGUGGACGUCAAAGGAAAGUGAAAACGGCGACUGCAAAUGGAAAGUCAUCGGGCAACAGUAACAAUACGACGCCCGGCUAUAAUCCUUUCCAGGAGUAUGAAAGCCAAAAACGUUGGCACAACAAAUCAUCGAAUGGUCCUCCGCGGUUUUACACGCAGCAUGCGUCGUCAUCGUAUCGAUCGAAUUUCCAUCAGCGCAAUAAAUUUAAAUGUAACCGCGGCGGCAAUGGCGGCGGCGGUAGCGGGGGAAUUUCCAAAUUCGAUCAUCGUCACGGAUUGCAAAGGCAUUUAGCAGCUGGCGGUGGGUUUCCAAGAAGGCCGAAUGCCAAUCAACAGCAGCAGCAACAGCAAUCCUAACUGAAGGAUAAUCGUAGUACUAAAGCAUUUCUUGUCAAGAACAUAAUGAUAUAAUUAAUGAUGAAUGAUGACGCGCGACGACCAUGAUGAUGAAAACAGAAAGCAAGGGAUACACACAAUUUCGCUUAAAUUUUGUAUACACAUUGAUGAUCAGAAGAAAGCUCGUGAGAAAGAGAGAGAGGAGAGAGAGCGAGAGAGCGAGCAAUAUAUAUAGUGAGAAAGCAAGAAAGAAAGCGAAAAAGAAAAUAAUUAGAACAGGAACGAGAUGAACAUAUUAGAAAUUAGGACUUACUUUGUAAUAAGCUAUAAGCUAGAUCAUUACUCCCGGCCCCCUCUGCCACUCCCCCCUUAUAUACAUAUAUACACACACACACUCACACACAACAACGCACUAC